AUGCCCGACGACGUCGACGACUCGACGGCCGACCUCUCGGACCACAUGUCCGACAUCGAGGAAGAUGGCGAUAUCAAAAUGGCAGACAAGUCUGACGACAACACAAAUGGCGAAACCAAGAAAAAAUACGACCCCAAGGAUCCUUCAAGGCCCAGGCGCAAAAAGGCCAGGCGAGCCUGCUUUGCCUGCCAGCGAGCACACUUGACGUGCGGUGACGAACGCCCUUGUCAACGCUGUAUCAAACGCGGUCUCGCAGACGCUUGCCAAGACGGCGUGCGCAAGAAAGCCAAAUACCUCCACGAUGCGCCUCCCGAAGCGCUGCGGCCCGUGCUAGGGCCAAAUUACAACCCAAGUUCGGGGACAACCAAUGAAAACAAUGGUAAUAAACAAAACCCGGCAGCUUCGGACGCGGCUCUCUCAACUCCAGGAAGCGCCUUCAUAUCUGCCAGCACCGCUUCUUAUCCCGUAUACCCGUCUACUACCCAGGCCGGUGUGGGACUGUCUCCCAACCUUGGUUUUAACUCACAGUCAACAGCGGCGUCAGAUCCCUUCACAGGCGCCAAUGCGCAGUCCCAAAUUGGUGGCAUGUUGGGUGGGAAUACAAUGGAUUUCAAUGCCCUGUUCGACCCGAGCAAUCCUGCUCUGUACAACUUUGAUCUAGAGGGCCUCAACUUUGGCAGUCAGUACGCUGGCUGGGAGUUUGGCAUCCUCAACAAAAUGGGGAUGGGUGCGGAGCCGCAAUCUCGAGAAAACUCAAUGUCACAGUCGACUGAUCCGGCAUACGCAUCUCUCUUUGCAAAUGGCAAUGGUGCCACCAUGCUGAGUGGUGAAUACGCCGGCGCGGAUUCCGCCGUCAACAUGUACACGCAAGGCAAUCUACAACACGGAUUACCGCACGCUUACGCCAUCGCAGCGGCACCACAGUCGUUGGCCAGUCCCAGCACGGACGCGACGACAAGUCCGCAGCCAAUCAACAAUGCCGAAGGAUCUCCAAAAUCCAACAGCUUUGCGGUGCAAAACGCCCACAGCUCACGUAUCAAGACAAAACCGGACAAGGUGGCUCAAAUUCUUGGCAAGCGACAGCGCGACUCGGCCGGCAUCUACUCGGCCGUCAAGGAGCCGUACCCUUACACCAAGGGCUUCCAUAACAUGGUGCAAAUGCUGCGUGACCGAUUACCGCACAGCAAGGUCAUCAAGGUUGCGCGGUCACUGGCCGAGAUCCGCCCCUCCUUCAUCGCGUGCACAAAGGACCUCACCAGGGAAGACUUGGUGUUUAUGGAAAAGUGCUUCCAGCGCACGCUUGUCGAGUUUCACGACUUUCUGCAGCAUUGCUGCGCGCCGACGAUAGUGUGCCGCCGCUCCGGCGAGGUCGCGGCCGUUAACAAGGAAUUCACGGCACUGACGGGCUGGACCAAGGACGUAUUGCUCGGCAAGGAGCGCAAUUACAACGUUUAUAGCCGUUCCGCGUCUACGGAAGGCGGCGAGGUCGUAGGCCCGGUGCCGCGGAGCAAGAAGACAGGUGAGGCCCAGCAACCCGUAUUCCUCGCGGAACUGCUCGACGACGACAGCGUCGUCGACUUUUACCACGACUUUGGCCAGCUAGCCUUUGAGGACUCGCGCGGCAAGGUCCAGCGCAGCUGUCGCCUGAUGAAGUACCGCACCGGCGCCGGGGAUGAAAGCGGCGAUGGCAAGACGCUGGCGGCGACGAAUGGUGGCACAAAGAUGGCGGGCGGGAGUAUAUUGAGUAGUCGCGUGACCAAGAUUGACGGCGAGCACGGCAUUUCGCGCAUCGAAAAGGAUGGCAAGGUGGACUGCACGUAUUGCUGGACAAUAAAGCGGGACGUGUUUGACAUUCCAAUGAUGAUUAUUAUCAACUUUUUGCCGCGAUAUUAUCCAAACCAAGAACCCCAUCAGCUUGCAGUAUGA